AUGGCUGAGUACAGUGCCCAGCCCGUCUAUGAGAUGCCUCACGAUGGCGAGACUGGACAGCAGGUCGCCCGCGGUUCGAACGAUCGUUUUGAGCUCAUCUCCGGUCCCCUGAUCAAUCUCAAAAACAUGCACUACCAAGCUUCGACCACUUGGCACGGCAGUGUUUUGAUUGUAACAAAGCCAACCCAGGAACAGCCCCAGCUGCGCCUGCGCCAGGUAGGCGCCGUGGAUAUCGAAGCCCAGAACGACAUCAGCGCCCAGACAAGCCAAACAAUUGAAGGCCUCAAGCUCUACGAGGAUCCUGGGAAAGCAUUCUGGCGAUUCUCCCUAACUGUGCCAGUGGCGGCAUUCGAAGCGCGCUGGGCGUACGAUAUUCCCGGUCUGUAUAACGAGUCUGGAGCCCAGGUCCCGGGAUCGUGGGAGUUUAUUGUUCCCGCAGAAGAGCAGUCUAUGCGCAUCAUGUUCCACUCGUGCAAUGGUUUCUCCGUUGGCACGGACAUGAAUGCCUGGGUGGGGCCAAACCUGUGGAACGAUGUGAUGCGUGUGCAUGGCAAGAAGCCAUUCCACGUUAUGGUUGGCGGUGGUGACCAGAUCUACAAUGACGGUAUUCGUGUGGAUGGCCCACUCAAGCCUUGGACUUCCAUUUCGAACCCGCACAAGAGACGCAACCAUGACUUCGAUAAUAAGAUGCGCGCUGAUUGCGAUGACUACUACUAUGCCAACUAUGUGCGCUGGUACAACACUGAGCCAUUCCGCACUGCCAAUGGUCGCAUCCCCCAGGUCAAUAUCUGGGAUGACCAUGACAUCAUUGAUGGGUUCGGAUCGUACACGGAUCACUUCAUGAAGUGCGCUGUCUUCCGCGGUAUCGGCGGGGUUGCUUUUAAGUAUUACUGUCUCUUCCAGCACCACAUGGCUCCUCCCAAGUCGACUUUCACUACCGAUUCACCGCAGACUAUGCACGCCGUCAAUGGAACUUCUGGUGUUGACCCGCGUCAAAUGGAGAACACAUACGUUCUAGAUAAGCAGGUUGAGGACGAUAGCUGGAUCAUCGGCAAACGGCCCGGUCCGUACGUGGAAGAGCGCAGCCGAAGUAUCUACAUGCGCUUCGGCAAGCGUAUUGCCUUUGUAGGUCUAGAUGCGCGUACAGAGCGCACCCGCCACCAGGUCAACUACGAGGACACCUACGAUCUGAUCUUCGAGCGGUUGCAGCGCGAGAUCGCCGCCGCCAACGGCGACAUCAAGCACCUGGUGGUAUUGCUAGGUGUGCCAAUCGCAUACCCGCGUCUUGCAUGGCUCGAGAAUAUCCUCACAUCCCCCCUGAUUGCGCCGAUCCGGCUGCUGAACAAACGCUUCGGCGUGGCAGGCGGUCUCUUCAACGAAUUCGACGGCCAAGUCGAUCUUCUCGACGACCUGGACGAUCACUACACCGCGCGCCAGCACAAGCGCGAGCGCAGGAUGCUGGUCCAACGCCUGCAAGAGCUUGCCCGCACCAACAGCACGCGCAUAACCAUCCUCGGUGGCGACGUCCACCUUGCCGCCAUCGGCCGCUUCUACUCAAACCCGAAACUCAAGCUCGCAGGCGAAAACGACCACCGCUUUAUCGUGAACGUCGUCAGCAGCGCUAUCACAAAUAAACCCCCACCCAAAGCCGUCGCCGACCUCCUCGCCCGCAGAAACAAAAUUCACCAUCUCGACCACGACUGUGACGAGACCCUCAUGCCUUUCUUCGACAAGCAACCCGGCGGCAAGGAGAAGAGCGGUGCCUUCAACAAGGUCACCAUGCCAUCCCGCAACUACGCCAUCCUCACCGAGGUCGUCGCCCCAGGGCCCGGUAAUACCGGCGUGCUCGAAGCUAUUUCCGUGAAACUCGAUCAUCUCCCUAAGGACGGCCACUCACCUCUGCACAAGGGCGAAGUGGAUGCCGGAACGACGCACAGCGCCGCUGACGGAUUCACUUGUGCCAGCGGCAUGUAUGGCGGACUUGAUGUUUCCAUCCGUGUUGAGAUCGAUCCCCAGGAUCGUACCGCUGCUACCGAGGGAUAUGGAUUUAGCAUCCCGCCCCUCUUGGCUACCGAGGGUCCCCCGUCUACCGGUCACCGACUUAGUCUGCACUCGCGCAGGUCGCAACAGGGUCGGCCGUCGACGGCACAGUAA